GAGGAGAGUUUAAAUGUCAAAGAUGGGGUUUGGGGAGGACCUACGGUGUCCCCAAGCACAUACAGCUGUCAUGCGGCUGCUGGACUCAGAGCUUCACCUGAUGGAGGUCAUGAAGAAGUGGAUGGGUCAGCGGGCCAAGAGUGAACGGGAGUUUUCAGUGCAGCUGCACCACAUGGCUGCCAUGGUGGAGAAGCUGGACCGGCCUCAGCUCUGUGCAGGACUGGACUACAUAAGCCAGCUCAACAAGUCGUGGGGAGUACUGGUCUCUCAGACGGACUUUCUCAGUCAGGUGAUGAAGAAGCACUCUGAGGAUCUGCUGGAUGGUCCCAUCAGCAAACUGACACUGCUCAUCAGAGACAAACAGCAGCUUCGCAAAACCUACUCAGAGCAGUGGAAUCUGCUGAGGCAGGAGCUCACCAAGGUGACCCAGACAGAGCAGGAGAGGCUGAAAAGCAGCUACAGACUGGCAGUGAGCGAUGCAGCUCAGGCUAAAAGGAAGUACCAGGAGGCCAAUAAAGAUAAAGAGCGAGACAAGGCCAAAGAGCGUUACAUAAAGGCUUUAAUGAAACUCCAUGGGCUGCAUAAUGAGUAUGUGCUGUCUGUGCGAGCAGCUCAAGUUUACCAUCAUCACCACUUCAGUCAGAUCCAGCCCGCCCUGCUCAAUGCACUGCAGACUCUGCAGCAGGAGAUGGUGCUCAUACUAAAGGAGAUCCUGCAGGAGUAUUUCGACAUCUCUACUCUCCUUCACCAUGAAGUUGUGCGGAUCCACAGGGAGAUGUCUUCUGCUCUAACAGCCAUUGAUCCUCACAAAGAGUAUGAAAGCUUCAUCCACCAGAACAGGUCUGUAGGGGAGAUUCCCGUUUGUGCAGAGUUUGAUUGCAGUCUCCUGGAGGACACUGAGCAGCUAAAACCCAGAGAAAUUGAACUGAACGACCUCACGCUCGAGACAAUCCAACACAAACUAACCGCUGUAGAGGAGGAACUGCUGGUGCUGGCUCAGACUCUGGGCUCCCAGCAGGCCUCGGUCGAUCAGCUGGAGCUGGAACUGGAGGCAGAGGAGAAAGGUGUCAAGAAGGGCCAGAGGGUCUACCAGUUCAGCAAGAGACAUGCAAUGGAGGAGUGCCGGCAGCAGGUUGCUCUGUCUCAGGGUAUGAGAGCCAAGCUGGAGGUUCAGAGGCUUCUUCUGAAGGAGAAACUGGACCAGCUGGGCUCUAAAGAACCUUUCUCUGCUCUGAGCUUUGACCAAGACACCACCUCACUUUCAUCUAACACAAGCAAUGACCAGAGCCAAAGCUCACCCAAACUCCUCAUGGAUGGGAUUCUAAAUAAUCUGAGUGGCCUGUUUAAACCAAAAUGUGAGACUCUAACGGCCCUCGCCCUGGUGCAGGAGGUAGAUCGUCCUCUGGGGCAGCAGGACUGGUACCACGGAGCUAUUCCCAGACUGGAAGUCCAGCAGCUGCUGAAGAAUGACGGAGAAUUCUUGGUGAGGAAGAGUCAGGAGAAGCACGGUUAUGUGCUCUCUGUGCAAUGGGAUGGAUCUUGCAAGCAUUUCCUCAUUCAGAACACUGAUAAUCUGUACCGUCUGGAUGGAGAAAGCUUCCACAGUGUCCCGCAGCUGAUCCAUCAUCUGCUAUCCUCACGACAACACAUCACCAGGAAGUCUGAUAUAAUGUUGAAGAAACCUAUACUGAAGGACAAGUGGGUCCUGGAACAUGAUGAUGUUAUCUUGGGACCCUUCAUUGGACGGGGUAACUUUGGAGAAGUGUACAGUGGUCGUUUACGCUCUGAUAACACUUGUGUAGCGGUAAAAUCUUGUAAAGAAAACCUGGCCCCAGAGCACAAGAGUAAGUUCCUGAUGGAAGCCAGGAUCUUGAAGCAGUACGAUCAUCCUAACAUUGUGAAACUGAUAGGAGUGUGCACUCAGAAACAGCCAAUCUACAUUGUCAUGGAACUCAUUAAAGGUGGUGAUUUUCUCUCCUUCUUGCGGCGAGAGAGUCACAGUCUGAAUCCUAAGAUGCUGGUCAAAAUGACAGAAAAUGUAGCAUCUGGCAUGGAGUACCUGGAGAGCAAGAAGUGUAUCCACAGGGACCUGGCAGCAAGAAACUGUUUGGUUACAGAGCACAACUUGGUGAAGAUCAGUGACUUUGGGAUGUCCCGUCAGCAAGACGACGGUGUCUACUCUACGGAGGGCGGCCUCAGACAGAUCCCUGUCAAAUGGACAGCUCCUGAAGCCCUUAACUAUGGUCGCUAUACCACAGAGAGUGAUGUCUGGAGCUUUGGUGUCUUACUGUGGGAGACCUUCUCCAUGGGAAUGACGCCCUACACGAGCAUGACCAACCAGCAGACACGAGAAGAGGUGGACAAAGGAUACCGUAUGUCUGCCCCACAUGGCUGCCCCGUGGAAAUAUCCAGGAUUAUGAGCAACUGCUGGCAGUAUGAGCCCAGAAACCGACCGUCUUUCAAGAAACUUCGGGCUGAGCUCAGUGCCAUAUACAACAAAAUUAUAUAAUAACAAACCUGUUAAUUCGAUAUUUACUGUACACUAUGUUUUUUACUGUCUGUCUGUAACUUUGAUUCUUGACAUGUAAUUGAAAACAAAAUGAAAUAUUAUUUAAAUAAAUAUUGGCCUUCUUUUGUCGUGAAA